AGCACUCGCCACGCCCUGUUAUUUAUACUGUACGUGCUGCGUGAUUGUGUGCCGGGUCGUCACACGGAGACUCGGCCUAUCAGCACUCGUGGGCGGGGCGUAAAUCGGGCCUGGGUAAUCUAGGCCGAGAGAAUCGGCGAGGAGCAGCAGCAGCACACGUGGAGGUGUAUCGGUAGGAGAGGCAAGACAUCAUGACAGAGCAGGAUGUGGAAAAUGAGUUGUUGGACUAUGAGGAGGAUGACGAGCCCCAGGCAGCAACUGAGACUCCGGCACCAGCCGGCAGAAAAGAAGUUAAAGGGUCGUAUGUGUCCAUACACAGCUCUGGUUUCAGGGACUUUUUAUUAAAGCCUGAACUCCUUCGAGCCAUUGUGGACUGUGGCUUUGAACAUCCCUCUGAAGUUCAACAUGAAUGUAUCCCUCAGGCCAUCCUGGGCAUGGACAUCUUGUGCCAGGCCAAAUCGGGUAUGGGGAAGACUGCUGUAUUUGUCCUGGCCACUCUUCAGCAGAUUGAAGCAGUGGAGGGACAAGUCUCUGUUCUUGUUAUGUGUCACACUCGUGAGUUGGCCUUCCAGAUCAGCAAGGAGUAUGAAAGAUUCUCCAAAUAUAUGCCAACAGUUAAGGUUUCAGUAUUUUUUGGUGGUCUCUCUAUUAAGAAGGAUGAAGAUACAAUACACAAAAGUUGUCCUCACAUUGUGGUGGGAACUCCAGGGCGUACCUUGGCACUUGUUAGACAAAAGACACUAAGUUUGAAAAACGUUAAACACUUUGUCCUGGAUGAGUGUGACAAGAUGCUGGAGCAGCUAGAUAUGCGCAGAGACGUGCAGGAGAUAUUCCGUCUCACCCCUCACGAGAAGCAGUGCAUGAUGUUCAGUGCCACUCUCAGCAAGGAAAUUCGGCCUGUCUGCAGGAAAUUCAUGCAGGAUCCUAUGGAGGUCUUUGUGGAUGAUGAAACAAAGUUGACGCUUCACGGCUUGCAGCAAUAUUACGUCAAGUUGAAAGACAGCGAGAAGAACCGCAAAUUGUUUGACCUGCUAGAUGUGCUGGAGUUCAACCAGGUGGUGAUCUUUGUAAAGUCUGUGCAGAGGUGUGUGGCACUGGCUCAGCUUUUGGUAGAACAGAACUUCCCGGCUAUCGCUAUCCAUAGGGGCAUGCAGCAAGAGGAGAGGCUAUCCCGAUACCAACAGUUCAAAGACUUCCAGAGGAGAAUUCUGGUGGCCACAAAUCUUUUUGGACGUGGGAUGGAUAUUGAGAGGGUUAAUAUUGUCUUCAACUACGACAUGCCUGAGGACUCUGAUACCUACUUGCAUAGGGUGGCUCGUGCGGGCCGGUUUGGCACAAAGGGUCUAGCUGUGACUUUUGUAUCCGAUGAAGAAGAUGCCAAAAUCCUAAAUGAUGUCCAAGACCGAUUUGAAGUCAAUGUGGGCGAGCUGCCUGAUGAGAUAGAUAUAUCAACCUACAUUGAACAGAGUCGAUAACACCCCAUUCCUCUGCUGCCUGCUCUCAAGCCGAUGUUCUUGGUUCCUCUGUGCUCCUUGUCUGCCCACAACCCCGGCAUGGGGAUGUUUCUUGAUUUUACAAUAUCCAGGGAUUUUUUUAUUAAUGAGUUUGGGUUUUUGUGUAAAGAAGGGAACGGAAUUAAAAGUUUUUUAUGGUUUAAA